CACAACAUGCGCGCCGCAGUCGCUAUGUAGUUUCUGACUUGGGCUAUGUCCAAACAAUGUUUGUAAUUCGUACUGGCAAUGCUUUAGCUGUACAAUAACACAAAUGUUUGAUAGAACUAAGCAAUGUAAUUUGUCACACAAAAUGAUGAUUCGCCUAAACAAUUUUUUGUACGUUUUCAAUUUACGCCAAGGGACAAUUCUUAUUGCCGUCCAUCAAAUUGCACUUUCUUCUUUCAUAUUAAUAAUAUUGCUAGUUGGUAUAUCCCAUGUCGGGGAGAUGCUGUCAAUGUUGCACAACGAUAUGGAAGAUGAUGCCGAUAGACGCGGGCUAUAUGAAAUGGCCUACGGAGACCACAGCUACCAUAACGGAGAAGUGAUAACCACUAACAACCAGCGUAGAUUCGCUAAAGCACGGCAUCUAGCAUCAGUGACAGUAAUAUUUCUGUACACAAGCACGAUGCUGACAUCGAUCUACUUGAUGUGUUGUAUCUCGUUGCUGCACGGUGCCGUCAAAUACAAGCGCGAGUACGUACUGCCGUGGAUCAUGGCGGCAUGCAUUGGAGUAGUUCUGCUCAUUGUGGCAAUCGUGGUCGGAGACGGCUAUCCUUGCGUCGUCAACCUCUUUGGAGGACACAAUCUUUAUCAUUUCGGCUGCGCGCUUUUCGUGCUAACGUUUAUCUACGCUAUUUGUGCUGUGAGCAGUUUUGCCUUGGAGACGGGCAGCGGUCGCUGUGCCCGCACGCUCCGCGCCGCCAGCGACGAGAGGGGCGAACGCCUGCUUCUGCUCGACCACGUCGCUCACUCCAGCCUUCUGUCCGCCGCACAACUCAACAAACUCAACAGUGGAACUCGAACGCAGUUCGUCUAGAACCUUCGCUACAUUAUCCUUAUGGCUGCUACUUAUACUUACCUAGAUCAUAGACGCACCACGCUAAUUGAAAUUGCAAAGAUACCAACGUCACAUUAUUUUGUAUAACUGUUAAUUUGAUAUGUUGUUUACAUGUUAGAGUAGUUUAUAAAGUUUUAAGUGUUUUCUAUUCUAAUGUUGGGUUACCAUUGUAUUUGGUGUGUUAUAUAGUUAUGUGCUAACGCCGACUAGGUGGGAUUCUGUAUGACAUGUGAUCUCUUUUGUGAUUUUAAUGUCUUGUUUCUACAUAAUAAUAACAUUAGUUGUGUUCAUGCACAAAUUAAUAAAUGUUAGCAUGAGAAACACCAGCUGCAACCUUUGUUCAGCUUGCUUUUCAUGUUUACGUAAAUAAUAUGAAUAUAUUUUCCUUAUAUUAAAAAAAAAAGUAAGGAAAUAAGAUUUUAUGAUCGAUUAAAGAUCCAUUUUACGUCCGAAAAAUCAUCAAGUGCAUAAAAUAAGGCUGUGAUUUAAAAAGCGCAACUCUAGUGGUAUUUAGAGACGAGUCUAAUAAGAUUCAUUAGAGCUAAUUAAACUAGGCAAAGUUUACUUAUGUAUUUUAAAACUUAGCCGUUUAAUGAUAGUCUAGUCUUAGUGCGCUUUUAGAUCUCAGCCUUUGGAAUCAGUUCACACUAAGGCGGCGGAGGAAGCUGGCUUGAAAGGAAUUUUCGAGCAACUCAUGUUUUUGAGAUUUAGUAAUCAUGUAAUGUGAUGUAUCCUGCAACUAGACCAGAAGUUCCUCUUUGGUGUGAAUUGAUUCUUUGUGUUAAGUGUUACUGCAUUGCAUUUAACUCAUUGUGAUAUUAUAAUAUGUAUUGAUAUUUUGUUAUAAAUGUGAAAUUUUAAUUACAAAUUAUUAUUAAAACUUGUUGGUACAAAAAUCAGAGUUUACGACUUGCAAAUUGAAAGCCUCUUUGAUUUUAGUUCAUUGACAAUAU